AUGGGACAAGGAGCAUGGAGGGACUUGGCACAUGGAAGCAGCUCAACUGGAUACGCAAAGGAAGAAGGGAGAAGCCAUCUUGAAGACCAGCUCGACCGACCACUCGACCUCAACUCGACCGGCCAAGCUUCAACUCGAUCGAGCUGGAAGUCAAAGUUGGGGUUCAUACCUCUCAGAAAGUUUCUGAGGAGAAGGAUGAUGUGGAAUCAUCCUUGGUGCUCGCCGGAGGUGACUUUGAGGCUUUCCUCUUCGUCACCUUCUUCGGAGUCGGCGACCACGUUCUCGCCAUCGUCGCCAUUGUUGGAGUGA